AUUAAAUUCAUUCGAAUUCAAUCCUCUUCUUCAUCUUCGUCUUCUCCUUCCUCAGGAAAUUCCUAAUUCUGUGUGUGUGUGUUUCAGAGAUGUUCUCUUCCUCUACUCUCGUCUAUUCUCUUACCCUCUUCCUCUCUCUUUCUCUUCUCUUCUUCCUCUUCUUCCUCUCCCCUCACAUCCUUCUCUCUUCCUCCCGCCACAACCUCCUUUCCACCGCCGAUGACCUCGACGACCUCUCCCUCUUCCACCGCGCCGCCGUAUCUUCCUCUAACAACCGCCGUCUCAUCUCCCUCUCCCCUGUUCCUCCCCCUAAGAUCGCUUUCCUCUUCCUCACAAACUCCGAUCUCACCUUCCUCCCUCUCUGGGAAACCUUCUUCCAAGGCAACGAGGAUCUCUACAACGCUUACAUCCACGCAGAUCCAUCCUCCGGCGUCUCUCCGCUUCUCGAUUCGUCAAUCAACGCCAAAUUCAUCCCGGCGAAGAGAACCGCACGCGCCUCCCCGUCGCUAAUCUCCGCGGAACGGCGGUUACUAGCUCGAGCCAUCCUCGACGAUCCAAACAACCUCUAUUUCGCACUCGUCUCGCAGCACUGUAUCCCUCUCCAUUCAUUCGCUUACAUCCACAACCACCUCUUCUCCGAUCGAUCCUCUAACCCUAGCUUCAUCGAGAUCCUCUCCGACGAGCCUUUCCUUCCCAAACGAUACAACGCGCGAGGCGAAGACGCGAUGCUCCCUGAGAUCCGUUACGAAGACUUCCGUGUGGGAUCUCAGUUCUUCGUCCUGGCGAAACGUCACGCUCUGACGGUGAUCAGAGAGAGAAAACUGUGGAGGAAAUUCAGAUUACCAUGCCUCGACGCCGAGUCUUGUUACCCUGAAGAACACUAUUUCCCGACUUUGUUGUCUCUCGAGGAUCCUAAAGGAUGUAGCCACUUCACGCUCACACGUGUAAACUGGACCGGUAGCGUCGGUGGUCACCCGCACACGUACGGUGCAUCGGAGGUUUCGCCUCAGCUGAUUCACACGUUAAGGAGAUCCAAUUCGAGUUUAGACUACUUCUUCGCUAGAAAAUUCUCGCCGGAGUCACUGCAACCGCUGAUGGAGAUAGCAGAUGCUGUGAUUUUCAGGGAUUGAUUUUGAGAAUCAGUAAAUAAAAUAGGUUUCAGGAAAAGUUUAGAAGAAGUCUGUUAUUGGCGCUCGAAGAAGAGUGGCAAAUAAAGAUGAAAGUCUUCGUGUGUGUGUGUGUGCUUCAAAAUCACCCUAUAAAUAAAUUCAAAAAAAAAAAAAAAAUGGGUGUGUUUUUUUACACUGUAUAUUAAGGAAA